AUGUCUCGUUUUACUACCGUCGCCUGCUGUCUUGCUUUGUUCGUCCUUUCUGGCGUCAGCGCUGGGCCUUGCUGGGCUUCGUCCUCUGUUCCCAUGCCCAGUCUAGAAAUGACCUCCACCAUCAGCCAAUUAGCGGAAUCGACAGCCGCGGUUGUCUCUUCGUCCACCUUCACCAAGCCCUUCCAAACAACCUCCACGGCUGUUUCCACCGAUGUAACCAGUAGUACCUACUCGACUACAACUACCGAAGCGCAAGCCGGACCAGGCAUCAGUUUGAUAGCUGCCACUACGAUCGCAACAACUACUACAAGCGCGGACAUUGAGUCAGAGAGGAUCUCUUCCAUCACCACGGCCUCAACAACUACCGCAGACACAAUGGCGACAACAUCCGAGCCUACUACGACUUCUACCGCACCAGAAGAGCCCAUUACCUGCGCUGAUUUUCCCAAUCCGUUCAAUGCGACCAACGGCGAUUCCUUUCAAAUCGUGUGCGACACUCUACCACGCAUCAUCUUCAGCAUUGGUACUCCCAUCCGGGGAAUCAGCUUCAAGGCUUGCCUUGAUGUCUUUACACAAACAUCAGGAUGCGGUGGUGCAGCCUACAUAGAGGCUGAUCAAACCUGCAAGAUCUUCUCUACAGCACCAGGCGCGAGCCGUAUCCCUGGUAAUAUCCUUGCUCUGCUGAUUCGGGGUCAGUGA